AUAGCAAGCAAACAUGAUUUGGUCAGAAAUAGAACAUUUUAAAAAGUAGGAGUAGUAAUUAUAAUUAUGAAACCAUGCCAAAGCUUCGGUGGGCUACAGGGGAAAUACUCUGCCCACAAUCAGGUGGUUCAAGCCUCACACCUGUGUUUCAGUUGCAUGUCUGUGUCCUCACCUGUCAGAUGGUGGCCAAAUGUCACUUUUCCUUCCUCAUGGAUUAAGCGGAUGAAAAGCAAGCCUACAUGAUGACAGUACUGUGGACAGUGUGAACAAGUUAAUUAAGAAUUUCCAGUGAUGAUAUAAACCACAGUGUGACAAAGGCUGAUCCUAGUCUGGGAAGCAAAAAUACUCCCCAAAUACAAAGGAGCAGAGACAUAGAAAAUUUGAAAGCAGUUGAGAGCAGAAAUGACGGCGCAGCAAGAUGUCUGACCUCCAGAAUCCAUCUAAGAACAUGCUGCCUCAAGCAGCCCUUUUGCUGCUAAUGUCCCUGAACUUGGUUCAUGGAGGGUUUUAUGCUGAGCGGUACCAAACACCUACAGGCAUAAAAGGCCCACUACCCAACACCAAGACACAGUUCUUCAUUCCCUAUAGCAUAAAGAGCAAAGGUAUACCAGUAAGAGGAGAGCAAGGUGUUCCUGGUCCUCCAGGCCCCGCUGGACCUCGAGGGCACCCAGGUCCAACUGGACCACCCGGAAAACCAGGCUAUGGAAGUCCUGGGCCCCAAGGAGAGCCAGGGUUGCCAGGACCACGGGGACCAUCAGCCACUGGGAAGCCAGGUUCACCAGGAAUACCAGGCAAACCAGGAGAGAGAGGACCAUAUGGACCAAAAGGAGAUAUUGGACCAGCUGGUUUACCCGGACCACGGGGCCCACCCGGGCCGCCUGGGAUCCCCGGUCCAGCUGGAAUUUCUGUUUCAGGAAAACCUGGACAACAGGGACCUACAGGAGCCCCAGGACCCAGAGGCUUUCCUGGAGAAAAGGGCACACCAGGAGUCCCUGGGCUGAGUGGGCAGAAAGGGGAAACAGGACUCGGUGCUCCUGGUCGCCCAGGUGAGAGGGGUCUUCCAGGUCCUCAGGGUCCUAUGGGACCACCUGGCCCCCCUGGAAUGGGAAAAAGAGGUGAAAAUGGGUUUCCAGGACAGCCAGGUAUCAAAGGUGAUAGGGGCAGUCCAGGAGAAAGGGGACCAAUUGGCCCACCAGGCCCCCAAGGUCCUCCUGGGGAAAGAGGACGAGAAGGCAUAGGCAAGCAGGGAGCCCCUGGAGCCCCAGGCCAGCCAGGGGUUCCAGGAACAAAAGGUUAUCCUGGGGCUCCAGGAGUUGCUGGGCCCCCAGGGGAUCCUGGCUUUGGGAAACCAGGUUUGCCAGGCCAGAAGGGACAAAGAGGACCUGCUGGCCUUCCAGGUGGUCCAGGUGCCAAAGGGGAACAAGGCCCAGCAGGUCAUCCUGGGGAGCCAGGUCUGACAGGGCCCCCUGGAAAUAUGGGACCACAAGGACCAAAAGGUAUUCCUGGCAAUCAUGGGCUCCCCGGUUCUAAAGGUGUGACAGGGCCAGUUGGUCCUGCAGGACACCCUGGGGCUAAGGGAGAGAGGGGUCCUUCUGGGUUAGAUGGAAAACCAGGGUACCCAGGAGAACCAGGUCUCACUGGUCCUAAGGGUAACCCAGGUUUGCCAGGCCCAAAAGGUGAUCCUGGGAUUGCAGGGCCUUCUGGUCUCCCAGGCCCUGUUGGUCCAGUAGGAGCUAAGGGAGUACCUGGACACAUUGGUGAGGCUGGUCCAAGAGGAGCCCCAGGAAUACCGGGUACCAGAGGCCCCAUUGGGCCACCAGGCAUUCCAGGAUUCCCUGGAUCUAAAGGGGAUCCAGGACUUCCAGGUCCUCCUGGCCCAGCUGGCAUAGCAACUAAGGGCCUCAGUGGACCUACUGGACCACCAGGGCCUCCAGGUCCCAGAGGCCACAUUGGAGAACCAGGUCGCCCAGGGCCCCCAGGGCCUCCUGGGCCCCCAGGCCAAGCAGCUCUGCCUGACAGCUUUGUAAAGGCAGGUCAAAGGCCCAGUCUUUCUGGGAUGCCUCUUGCUAGUGUCAACCAGGGUAUAACAGGAAUGCCUGUGUCUGCUUUCACUGUUAUCCUCUCCAAAGCUUACCCAGCAAUAGGUAGACCGAUUCCAUUUGAUAAAAUUUUGUAUAACAGGCAACAGCACUAUGACCCAAGAACUGGAAUCUUUACCUGCAGGAUACCAGGAAUAUACUAUUUCUCCUACCAUGUGCAUGUGAAAGGGACCCAUGUGUGGGUGGGCCUGUAUAAGAAUGGCAGCCCCAUAAUGUACACCUAUGAUGAAUACAACAAAGGCUACCUGGACCAGGCUUCAGGGAGCGCCAUAAUCGAGCUCACAGAAAAUGACCAGGUGUGGCUCCAGCUGCCCAAUGAUGAGUCCAAUGGCCUGUAUGCCUCAGAGUACGUCCACUCCUCGUUCUCAGGAUUCUUAGUGGCUCCACUGUGAGCAUAUUUCCAAUGAGCUAAUAUAAAAAUCUGCUUGAAAAGUUAUUCAUCCCCCAAUUCCAUCCCACCCCACAAAAUGCAUAUGGAGGUAGGCUGAAAAAAUGUUGACUAAUUUUUAACUUUUCCAAAUACAGAUUUGAGCGAUCAGAUCAACAAAUGUCCCCCCUACUCUGAGAAAAUGGGCAAUAAUGAUAAGCAAUAUGUGAAAACCCUCUCAAAUUUCUGGUCAGCAAUCCUAGACUCUUCAAAGUUUUCUGUGAAGUCCUCUCAUAUCUAAAAGUCUCACCAUAAAGGUCCUACUAAUCUAAAAAUAUACAAUGAUCACACACAAAAAACCACCCCUGUAAUGUGAUGCCAAAUAAUGUUAAAUUUGAUUUCAGAAACUCAGCAUUUCAUUUCAAAAUAAGCUUAUUCUAACAGUUAACAGGAGAACUUCUAGGAAAUAUUCAGGAGGUAUCACUUAUCUUUACAGAACUUAAAUACUUGAAUAUUCAAAUUUAAAACACACUGUAUACCCUAAGAUAUUUCUGAUGGUGCAUUACUCGAAGGCUUAUAUGGCCAACCUUCAUGAAGAUGACUCAAAUAUACAGGUGCACAUAGAUUUUUUUAGUUCUAAAAAACAAAUAUUACAUUAAAAUUAAUCUGAAACACAGGGUGCUUUAGUCAUGAACCUUUUCAAACAUUUCUGUGAUUGCAGAACAGCUUUCUAUAUACCCUUCCCAACUUGGAAAUGGGUGUCUGACCUAUUUUAUUUAUUUAAUACAGUGUGAUUCAUUUAAUUCCUUACUGAAUCUUACACAAUAUGAUUUUGUGGGUUUACAGAACAUUAGACUACGUGCCGUGAGCCUCCCAUUCCAGUGAAAUUAAAACUAACAUCAAGGGUUUUGAAAUCUGACUAGAAAUGACAAGACAUUAUUUAUUUACGCUCUGUACUGUAUUUUUAUACUGCUCUUUAAAAUUUUUAAGCUGUGCCUCACCUAUCAAAGCAUAAAAUGUUUUACCUACUCCGUAUUUACAAUGCAGUAACAUCAAUAAAGUAACA